CGAGCGCGCAAUGGCCGGCGCGAUUUUCUAGUAUACAUAUAUAGCUCGAGACAAAAUUCAGGAAGAACAUUUUUACAGGAUACAUCGUAUUUCACUCUCAAACUUCUCGAUUGAUCUCUCUAUUAAAUGAUACUUUUUUCAGGGUUUAUUUCAAAGAAGAUUUUAAAAUGUCACCAAGAAUGAAAAUUUAUGUUAUCGGUGUGGGCAUGACAAAAUUCGAAAAACCAGGUAAACGGGAAAAUUUUGACUAUCCAGACAUGGCAAAAGAAGCCGUUACAAAAGCUUUACAGGAUGCAAGAAUUUCUUAUGAUACUGUAAAAGCUGCUUGUGUUGGAUAUGUUUAUGGAGAUUCUACUUGUGGUCAACGAGCAUUAUAUGAUGUUGGUCUUACUGGUUGCCCUAUAUAUAAUGUAAAUAAUAAUUGUUCCACUGGUUCAACUGCUUUAUUAAUGGCUAAACAAAUUAUUGAAACUGGCUCUGCUGAUUGUGUAUUGGCUCUUGGUUUUGAAAAAAUGGAAAAGGGUUCAUUAGUAUCUAAAUUUUUGGAUCGUACCAAUCCUAUGGAUAAACAUGUAGAACUUAUGUCUAACAUAGCUGGCAUAAAUGAAAGCCCAAUCACUGCCCAAUUGUUUGGAAAUGCUGGAUUAGAACAUAUGAAAAAAUAUGGUACUAAACCUGAGCAUUUUGCAAAAAUUGCUUAUAAGAAUCAUUUACAUUCUGUGAAUAAUCCAUAUUCACAGUUUCAAGAAAAAUAUAGUUUGGAACAAAUAAUGAGUUCUCCAACAGUAUUUGGACCACUUACCAAACUUCAAUGUUGUCCAACAUCUGAUGGCUCAGCAGCUGUAAUUUUGGCUAAUGCAGAUUUUGUUCAUAAACAUAAACUUGAAUCUCAAGCAGUAGAAAUUAUAGCAAUGGAAAUGUGUACAGAUUUAGCUUCAACAUUCACAGAGAAGAGUUCUAUUAAACUUAUUGGAUAUGAUAUGACAAGAAAUGCUGCUGAAAAAGUAUUUACUCAGACUUCUUACAAACCAAGUGAUGUGGACGUCAUAGAAUUGCAUGAUUGCUUUUCAAUUAAUGAACUUAUUACUUAUGAAGCAUUGGGACUUUGUCCUCCAGGUCAGGGUGGAAAGUUAGUUGAUGCUGGAGACAAUACAUAUGGAGGCAAAUUUGUAAUAAAUCCUAGUGGUGGUUUAAUUUCAAAAGGACAUCCUUUGGGAGCAACAGGAUUAGCACAAUGUGCUGAGCUUUCUUGGCAACUUCGAGGACAAGCUGGCAAACGACAAGUACCAAAAGCAAAACUUGCCCUACAACAUAAUAUAGGAUUAGGUGGAGCAGUUGUCGUUGCUUUGUAUCGUAUGGGUUUUCCUCAACAAUUUGAAAAAACUAAGAAAAAUUCAAGUGCAACUCCUGAUCCAAAUCAAUUCAAGGCAAAUGCAUUAUUUAAGUUAUUAGAAAUUGCAAUGCAAGACGAUGAAGAUAAUUUAAUUGAAAAAGUUCGGGGAGUAUAUGGAUUUAAAGUAAACAAUGGAACAACGGAAGGCUAUUGGAUUGUAGAUGCUAAAACAGGGAAAGGAAAAAUAGAAUAUUAUGGAAAAUCUAAACCUGAUGUUGUGAUUACAAUUAAUGAUAUGGAUAUUGUAGAUUUUAUUUCUGGAAAAUUAAAUCCACAAAAAGCAUUUUUUCAAGGAAAGAUUAAGAUUCAAGGAAACAUGGGAAUGGCAAUGAAAUUAAUUGAGUUACAAAAACGUGCUGCUAAAAAGAUUGAACUUCUUCGUUCUAAAUUAUAAAAAAUAAAAAAAAUGGAAAUGUAUAAAUACUUAAUUCAAGAAAAGUUAACUUUCGAUAUCAAAAUAUAAUUUGAAAACUCAGAAAUUACACAUUUAUAAUCAAAA